GGGCAGAAAAAGCCCCAUUUGUCGUUUCCCAAAUCCUCCCAAGAUUUUUAUAACCCUUUAUCGUUUUCAUCACAAAUUCAAUCUUCAUCAUCAAUACCCUAAAAGCUUCAGAGAUCAGAUUAUGUCUUGUGUCUGUGAUUUCUGUAAUCAGAGAUCGGCGGUGUUGUACUGUAAAGCCGAUUCGGCUAAGCUUUGUUUGUUCUGCGACAACGCCGUACACUCUGCAAAUGCUUUAUCUCUCAAGCACUUCCGUUCUCAGAUCUGUGACAACUGCGGAUCUGAUGCCGUUUCCGUCGCCUGUUCAACUGAUAAUCUUCUCCUCUGCACCUCUUGUGAUCACGAUUUCCAUGGAGACUCCUCCGUUUCCUCUUAUCACAGUCGUGUGCCUGUUGAAGAGUUCUCCGGUUGCCCUUCCCCUCUUCAGCUGGCCUCGAUUUGGGGAUUUAAUCUGAAAUCUUCUGGUUCUAACGGCAAUUCGUGUGAAAGUAAGUAUUCCACUACGAAUUUUCAAGAUUUAGCAACGAUACAUGAGAAAACUCCUUGUUAUGAUGAGGUUCCGAGCGUUGACUGGAAAUCUAGAGGUUCGGGUUGCGGAGUUCAUAAUAAAGUUUUGUAUAAGCAGCUGGUGGAGCUUGCGAAAGAAAGAUUUGACGGAGAUGGAGCUGAAUUGGGGCCUCAAACACCGAGUGGAUGUGGUCCGAGGGAUAUUUCAGAAGGUUUUGAGUAUGAGGAACAAGACGAUAAGGAUCUGUUGCAUCAGCAAACUCCAUUAACGUAUUUGCUUAUGCCGCCCCAGAAUCCCGCGAAUUCAAAAGCGAAUAAUGGGGGUAUCACUGAAUUUAGUAACAUGUGGAGCUAUAGCCCUAAACGCCAAACCAGUCAGAUAUGGGAUUUUAAUCUAGGAAGAUCAAGAUCUUCUGAGGCAGGAGGUGAUAAUCUUGGCUUUGCAAUAAACAAUUGUACUGACCUUGUUGAGGAUGCUUCUUUCACAACAAUGGAAGUUUUAAAAGAAAUGGAUGCCAUAAACAUAUCUUUUGGCACCACAUCACAAAAUAAGCAAAUAUCGGGUUGCAUAUCAACUAUGGAGAGCGACAACCGAGCUGAAACACAAAUGAUGGAAACCAAUAGAAGUAAUCCCACAAUUGAUGGUCAAAUGAUGGAACACUUUUUAGCAACCAAUCAAGGAAUGGAAAUACCCGCAACAACCAAAGUAGACCCGCAACAACUUGCCCAAAAUAGAUGUAACGCAAUGUUACGUUACAAGGAGAAAAAGAAAACACGAAGGUACGACAAGUGCAUCCGAUACGAGUCACGGAAGGCGAGAGCAGACACGAGAAAACGAGUAAAGGGAAGAUUUGUGAAGAGUAUUGAAUGAAUUAUUAAAGUGGUUUGUGGUGGAAGUUAGUUUGAUAAAAGGGUAGGUUUGAGUUGAAAGAUAGUGGUUGUGUUUGCACAUGCCUAGUGGCUAGUGGUAACCUACGACUGUUUGAUAAGAAAAAGGUGGCUUGUAAUGUAUGGCUACGGUGAUUGACUGAUAAUCUUUUUUUUAUCCUUAAAGUUGGGAAAAGGUGUGCUUUGAUGCUUGA